UGGGGCUUUCAUGCCAUUAGGGCGAUCUGCCGCUAAAAGCAUUUGUCCACGUUAAUUAAGCUGCAUCCCCUGCAUGGGAAGCAGAGCUGCGUGGGGGCUGUGAGAGCCGUGGCUUCUAACGGCCUCAUUAGCGGGGCUCUCUCCUUUUUGAAGAUAACGAGGGGAAGGAGCAUCCAUGGCAGCCACGGUGCCAGGCCCCCGGGGCUCGGUGGGACAGUGCCCACUGUGCCCCCCCAGCCCUGCGGGCACCAGCUUUGUCCUCGCGGACGAGCAUCGCUCUGUCGCCUGCGGUGGAGUUUCAGUGUUUGCCAUGAAUCCAUCUAGUCCCGCCCUGAAUCUCAGAGGGGGGAGUAUAAAAUAUUGAUAAAAAUAAUAAAAAAAAAGAAAGAAAGAAAUGAGCAGAGGCUGCAAGGAGCAGGAACACACAGGGAUCACGGAGUGAGAAACCUCUGCGAGAAAAUGAGCCCAGGGCCCUGUGCUGGGCACCAGGGGCUGGCCAUGGCCAGGCUCUCCUGUCCCACAGCCCCUGGAGGUCGUGGUCACACAGGGACCUCCCCACCACCUCUUCCAUCCCGUCCUCGGCAGGAUGCCCAGGGAACAGCACUACACCCCAGCCCUGGGAUGACCACAGCUCCCUGUGCUCCAGUGCAGGACUGGGGGCCUGGGCGACCUGCGUCCAUCUGUCCGCUGGGCACUGGGGUUCCCCAGCCUCCAAGUGGGGGUUGCCCAUGGGUCGGCCACCCACCAUGUCUAGGAGCCGGUGCUCCCAGGGGACGCUCCUCGUGGGGCCACGUCCCCGCUGGCCACGCUCACCUCUCCCCUCCACGCAGGUCGCCAACCUGCUGCGGCUCUUCCAGAUCCCGCAGAUCAGCUACGCCUCCACCAGCGCCAAGCUCAGCGACAAGUCCCGCUACGACUACUUCGCCCGCACCGUCCCGCCCGACUUCUACCAAGCCAAAGCCAUGUCGGAGAUCCUCCGCUUUUUCAACUGGACCUACGUCUCCACAGUGGCCUCCGAGGGCGACUACGGCGAGACGGGCAUCGAGGCUUUUGAGCAAGAAGCCCGCAUGCGCAACAUCUGCAUCGCCACCUCGGAGAAGGUGGGACGUUCCAUGAACAAGAAGACCUACGACGGCGUGGUGCGGGCGCUGCUGCAGAAGCCCAAUGCCAAGGUGGUCGUGCUCUUCACCCGCAGCGAGGAUGCCCGGGAGCUGCUGGCGGCCGCCCACAGAGCCAACGUCUCCUUCGUGUGGGUGGCCAGCGAUGGCUGGGGAGCCCUGGAGAGCGUGGUGGCGGGGAGCGAGGCGGUGGCGGAGGGAGCCAUCACCAUCGAGCUGGCAGCGUACCCCAUCCAGGAGUUUGCCGCCUACUUCCUCAACCUCCACCCCUACAACAACAGCCGAAAUCCCUGGUUUCGGGAGUUUUGGGAGCAAAAGUUCAAGUGCAGCCUCCACACGCAGGACUGCAGCCGGUACUCCCUAAAGACGGGCAAGUUUGAGCCAGAGUCCAAGAUCACCUUUGUGGUCAACGCGGUCUACGCCAUGGCUCACUCGCUUCACAACAUGCACCGGGCGCUGUGCCCCAACACCACCAAGCUCUGCGACUCCAUGAAGCCCGUCAAUGGCAAGAGGUUCUACAAGGACUUCAUGCUCAAUGUUAAUUUUGAUGCUCCAUUCAGGCCAGCAGACACUGAGAGCGUUGUUCGAUUUGACCGCUACGGGGACGGGAUUGGGCGCUACAAUAUCUUCAACUACCAGCGCACGGAUGGGCGGUACCGGUACCAGAAGGUGGGCUACUGGGCGGAGGGGCUCAUCCUCAACACCAGUCUCAUCCCCUGGGCAGAGACGUCCAUCCCGGUGUCCCAGUGCAGCGAUCCCUGCAAGAAGAACGAGAUAAAGAGCAUGCAGCCGGGAGACAUCUGCUGCUGGAUCUGCAUCCCCUGCCAGCCCUACGAGUACCUGCUGGAUGAGUUCACCUGCAUGGACUGCGGUUUGGGUUACUGGCCCAACGAGACCCUGAAUGGCUGCUAUGAGCUGCCCCAGGAGUACAUCCGCUGGAGAGACGUCUGGGCCAUCGGCCCCGUCACUAUCUCAUGCUUGGGAUUUAUCUCCACUCUCUUUGUUUUCGGAGUCUUCAUGAAGAACAACGACACUCCCAUUGUGAAGGCCUCCGGACGGGAGCUCUGUUACAUUCUCUUGACCGGAGUCCUCAUGUGCUACAGCAUGACCUUCAUCUUCAUUGCGAAGCCUUCCACUGAGGUGUGCACGCUCCGGCGCCUGGGGCUGGGCACGUCCUUUGCUGUCUGCUAUUCGGCCCUCUUGACCAAAACGAAUCGCAUCGCCAGGAUCUUCAGCGGGGUGAAGGAGGGGGUCCAGCGCCCUCGCUUCAUAAGCCCCACAUCGCAGGUGGUCAUCUGCAUGGCCCUCAUCUCCUGCCAGCUGAUCAUCGUCAUCAUCUGGCUGCUGGUGGAGGCCCCCGGCACGGGCAAGGAGACCGAGCCUGACAAGAGGUACAUCGUCACCCUCAAGUGCAACAACCGCGACUCCAACAUGCUCAUCUCGCUCACCUACAACGUCCUCUUGAUUGUCCUGUGCACGGUCUACGCCUUCAAGACGCGGAAAUGCCCCGAAAACUUCAAUGAGGCCAAGUUCAUUGGGUUCACCAUGUACACGACCUGCAUCAUCUGGCUGGCCUUCCUGCCCAUCUUUUACGUGACCUCCAGCGACUACCGAGUGCAGACCACCACCAUGUGCAUCUCGGUGAGCCUCAGCGGCACCGUGGUCCUCGGCUGCCUCUUCACCCCCAAGCUCCACAUCAUACUCUUCCAGCCACAGAAGAACGUGGCCAGCCACCGUGUGGGCACGGCACGCUUCAGCAUGGCGGCCGCCAGCUCCAGCCAGUCCCACGGCUCGGCCUCACAGUACGUGCCCACAGUGUGCAACGGCCGCGAGGUGGUGGACUCCACGACGUCGUCCUUGUGAAGUCUGGGGGAGGCCGUGCCCCAGCCCACCCCCUCCCGGGGAGCAGCAGCCCCAGAGCCGGGGCUGCAGGAGCAGGAAGGCGGCCCCCGGCCCAGCCCCAGCCCGCGCUGUGCCGCAGCGCUCAUCCCUCGUGCCCAUCAGCGGUGCACGGCCCCAUCCCCAGCUCCCUUGCACUGAGCUGCGCUGCCCAUCACGCUUUGCUUGCCCUGAGCCAUGCCCCACCGUCCACCUCCCCCAGGCAGAGCCACACUGACAGCACGCUGCCCUCACCCACCACCCCACUUUCUCUCCAAUAUCACAUCCCCCUUGGAUGAGCCAAGCAUCACUCCAGCUUCCCCAGCACACCCGGACCACAACACCUGCACCCGUGGCACUUUCCCUUUUCCUCCUCAUUUUUACUCCCGGGUUUGCAGGGUCCCAGCCACUGUCCUGUCCCUGAGGAACCCUCUGUGCUCCUGUCCCAUGGCGGCAGAGGGACAGGAGACCCCCCCCAAACGCCCACUCCAUGCCUUGGGGCACUGCAGAACCUGGCAAGGGGCUCGGACCGCUGCUGAGUGACGGGCCCCAGGGAGAUGAGCCCUGCCCCUUUUUAAGAGUAGAUUUUUUCUG